GUCUUUUUCGGCGCCAGCUUCACAAUGCGGCACCUGGACAAAACUUGGAGCGACCCGGCCACGUUCCGACCCGAGCGCUUCCUGGAGCCGGGAGCCGACAAGUUUGCCAUGUUCUACCCGUUCGGCAUGGGGGCCCACAUGUGCCUGGGUAAGGAGCUGGCGCUCAUUGAGACGAGGGUCAUGCUGGCGCUGCUGGCGCGGGACUACGAGGUCACACUCAAGGACCCCGACGCCCCGGUGGACAUGUUUCCCACACCGCACUCAGCGGACGGGUGUGUGGCCAUGGUGCAAAAGCUCUCCGCAGCACAGAGCUGA